AUGGAAUCAAUAUACAGUGGAAUAAAACAUAAGACUAAGAUUAUUAAACUAUUUAGAUCAAUAUUGAGGGAGAGAUUAAAAUUACCUACUGAAAAUAGAAGACAAUUUGUAUUACACAAAGCAAGAACAGAGUUUAGAGAAGGAUCAAAGGUUAGUGAUCCAAAGGAAAUCAGAAGUUUAUUAAUAAUUGGUAAUACACAUUUAGAUACUGUGAUGAUUCAAGCAAAACAUCUUUGUUCGAUUUUAGAGUAUGAACCAACGCCCAUCGAAAUCCAGAUGAUGGAGAAGUCUGGAACUACACCCAAACCACUCAGCGCAGACGAACAAAAAACAUUAAAGAUCAAUCAAGAAUAUGUAGAGAUGGCAAAGAAAGAACAAAAAUUAAGAGAUGCUAAAGAAAAGGAUGAUAUGUGUGAAGAUAAUAUCAGAUAG